AUGACAACAGAAACCUUAGAACACACUACAACAGAGCCCAUCAAGCGAAUAAUCCGGCAAUUCAGCCACACAGUCCUGACUGACCACCCUGACGACCAGCUCGCGGUGGUUCUCGCAACACAAGAAACGAAAGAUGAAGAAGAUGAGAAAAAUGCAGUCAUCCUCAGACAACAGUGGAAGUCCCUGUUCCUCCUGGGUGCAACACAACACUUCGAAACAGAAGAAGAAAAGAAGCUCGAUGAAUCAAGUCUCGAGCUAGCCAAAGCAUGGGAAGACUUCCAAAAAUGCAUCCCCAAAACCCAACGCGCCCCCAUUGAUAGCCCACCAGACUUCAACUCCGUGGCUCAAGCCGUAGCGACCGCCCACUCGGCUUGGAAAGCCAAAGAGAAAGGCAAGAUGUCCAAGUUCAAAAAUUACUUCGGGAACCUGUGCCAGAGCCUCUAUGAUUUCAAAGACGUUUUUGCCGUGCUUCCAACCCAGGAUAAGUAUAUAGUUAGGCCAUUCAUUGAUAAACCGCAGGCAACAACCAACCACCGGAAGAUCGCUAUGGCCAUCUCGGACUGUCUCGAAAACCUGGGCGAGGAUAUCAGCUACUGGAAACGCCAAUUGAUAAUCCACUCCUCCAACCCCCAUAUGAAACGCUACAUCGCCUCGCUCUACACGUUAAUCUUUCAACUCCUCGUCUCGAUAAUGUUCUGGUUCAAGUCAUCUGUGCACCGUCUAACCUCCGCCUUUGACACGAACGCCCUUGAAAAAUUGAUAUCCGGCAAAACCACAAAAAUGCAGGCCCUAGCCCAACGUUUGGAAAACGAGGGGAAAUUGGUUACAGAAGCACAUGUCCAAAAAUUGGUACAAUCGGCCGAAGAGAAAGAGGGUCAAAAUAUUGAUAUCGCGCGAGCCUUAGAGCGUUUCCUCGGCGAAGUCGAAGGUCGCUUCCUAGGCCGUGUCGAAAGCCUCGUUGCGACCUCGAUCCAGACCUCACUCCGCCAGGAGGCAAAAGCUAUUCUCUGGGACAUGCAUUAUUCACGCUCCACCCAUAUCCCCUCCCCUCCUCUCCAACUAUCAGAACCUCCGACCUCCAGUUCGCUUUCCCAUUCUCAACAUAACGUAUACACGCACGCCCAACUUCUCGCCAGCGGACUCCGACUACAGAAAUACGCACAAAACGGUCUAGUAGAGAAGUUAGCCUCGAGAUCAAAAGAAUUACAGCUUCACACCGAGAUCCUGACACGGAUAGCGCGCUGGUCCAAAAAUCCUAUUAGCGCAUCCCUCUGGAUCUGCGGGAUGCACCAGGCUGAGAGGCCAUCGCGUUAUACACUUACUACUGCACAUCUCGUUCUCGCUACACAGAAUGCGGGUAUUCCCGUGCUGUCGUAUUUCUGCCAGCGGCGUGCGUUAUCUCGUCCGAUUGUGGGGGGAGAAGAGCAGGAAGAGGAUGAGCAUGAGGAUGAUGAAGAGGAGAGGCCUGCGAAGAGCAAAGUUUCUAUGGUAGUACUGAGCCUUAUUUUCCAACUCGUGCGCCUGCUUCCCGAGGUCGUUACGACACAGAUAGACCUCUCAGUUUCACGCUUCUCGUCACUAGCGCCCACACACUCUGCCCUACCUCUUGCUAUGUCGCUACUCAAAGACCUUUUAACCUUCCGUCCACCGCUUAUGUUCUGUUUCAUCGAUGGGCUGCACUUACUUAACCCAACUGGGAUGGAGAAGGUGGAAGUGGAGGCGUUGAGGGAGGUGCUUCGAAUAUUGAGAUUUGAAGGGGAGGUUGGUGCGGGAACUGGGAUCACUGGGAGGGUGGAGAGGGUUGCCAAGACACUAUUUACGACAGAUGGAUUUUGUGGUAUUUUAGGAGGAUUGAGGGGAGAAAGCAGACUCAACGUGGCGGAUUUUGAGGGUGAAGGAACGGUAGGGAGGGGGGUUGACUUCGUGGAGACGAGAGCGCGGAGGGUGAUUUGA